AUGUCUGACUCGGCCAAAUCUUCACCAACAGAGACAGAUGUUGUACCAUCACCACAAAUGGCGAUAAAUGCUAUUCCUCUCAACACCAUACCUGCCACAAGUCCAACGAUGAGGAGAAAAUCUGUUGCAAAGAAGGCUAAAUCAUCGCGAACGAAUACAAAUCCUUCCUCUCCCGCUGCAAUUAAAACACGUAAAGGCAAGAAAGGGAAAGGUGAAUCGAGUAAGCCUUUUACAAUGUCUGAACUUCACAUUGAUCCACUACCAUCAAGUGGUGUUGCAACGCCUGUCUCCAAUCCUACAGUUGAAAAUGUUACUGCAUCUGGUAAGAUUUCUGUUAAUUUAGGUCUUAAUACACCAAAAUCUGAUAAAACCCUAGGUGUAGAGACCUCUGAUAUGUCUGAAAAUUUGGGGAAAAGUGCUACUGAUAAAGAAACUGUUCCUGAUAAAGCUGUGAAUGAUAAUCCAGAAGUUAUACUUGUUAAUGAAACUACUACCAGUGAUAAGGCUAUUCCUGCACAUUCUGAAGCUAGUGCUGAGGAGGCUGCUGAGACUGUUGAGGGUGAGCCAGAUGGACAAGAAGGUGAAGGAACUAGUGGCUCUGAGGAUGGCUCUGAGGAUGAGAUGGAGGACUCUGAUGAAAAUGUUCUCACAUCUGGACUGUUGACUGUUUUUGCAUGA